AUGUGUGGACAUCAUCCAAAGAAGUGGCAUCAUUGGAUACCUCUUGCAGAAUGGUGGUACAACACCAACUACCACACCAGUCUCAAGGUAAGCCCAUUUACAACCCUUUAUAGUUAUAAUCCUCCUCACUUGGCUUUUCAUUCUACUUCCACCACUUCUGUUGCUGCUGUUGAGGAAUAUUUGAAUCAAAGAGCUUCUAUGUUGGACUUACUGAAAGACUCACUCCACAAGUCCCAAGAUAGAAUGAAGCUAUAUGCAGACAAGACUAGAGUGAAUAGAAUUUUUGUUGUUGGUGAUAGAGUUUACUUAAAGCUACAGCCUUACAGACAAGCUUCCUUGGUAUUGAGAAGAAAUUUAAAGCUUGCAGCCAAAUACUAUGGACCCUUCACUGUCCUUCAAAAAAUUGGCAGUGUAGCCUACAAAUUGCUUUUACCUGCUGAAGCUAGAAUACACCCUGUUUUUCAUGUCUCUCAACUCAAGAAAAUUGGUGCUCAACAUAUCAUCUCCCCAACUCUACCAGUCAUCAACACUGAAGGUCAGGUGCUUGCCAUCCCUGCAGCUGCACUGGAUUCCAGAGUUAUUGUCAGAAAUUGUGUUUCAGUUCCUCAAUUGCUUAUUCAAUGGACCAAUGCCUCAGCUGCAGAUGCCACUUGGGAGGAUGCUGGCAACAUCAAGAGCCAUUUUCCAAAGUUCAAUCCUUGA